UCUUUUUAACAGAUAUCAACAAUGAUUCGUUUAGUGAUGAUUUUGAUGAAUGCUGUAUUUCUUUGUGUUGUCACAGCGGAUAUGGAUAUGAAAUUUGGCUAUCACGUUGUUGAGGGGAAUGCCAGAUAUUUGGAAAACAUAGAAACCAACCUAGCAGAGAAUACGGUAAAAAUUCACACCCCAGCACACAAUGAUGUUAUGGAAUCGUACCAAAUCCAAGAUUUUCGUCAGGGUAUGCAGAUGAAAUGUCUUCCUUCCGUCGAGCAGUGUAGACUACGGGACAUAGACAGAAAAACUGCAGGAGAUGCCGGUCAAGUUACAGAGGGAUUUAUCCACAGCUGGAACAAAGGAGAUAAUACUAUAAAUAGUGACAACGAGAAAGUCGUGAAGGAAAUGUAUUAUAUCAAUUUAGAUCAGGUAGUGGAUGUCAAAUCACUUGAAGGGGCAUUGAAAAAGUUUUAUCAGGAUUUUAAUUACCCUGUGUAUAAGGAAAAGAAGAUACCAGACGAUGCUGAAAUGUUGAAUAUAACACGUUCGACAGGUUACAAAAACAAAGGUGGUCGUGUUAAAAGGCAAUUCACGACGCUAAAUAACGAUUGCAAACAACAGCAAGCAAAGACAAUUUUUGGUAUUGAUUCAGGGAGAAGUUGCAAUCAUCUAAAAAUGUGUGAAACAAAGGAAAGAAGAAAUGGGCGAUGGGUACUGACAGAUUGUGACAAUGUACACAUUACUUCACCAUUAGUCUAUCUAUGUGUGUGCUGUCCUUGGGUAACAUCAAUCGAUCUAAACGGAAAUGAAUGUGCAUGUUCUAGAAUGCAGGACUGGUAGAAUAUACUAGUUAAGAUAAACACUCCAAAUAACAGGAUUAUGCAGAACAGUAUUCUUAUCUGAAUAAAAUAACAUUUCCAAUUGAAGUGUGUCUAUCAGCUUUGACCACCAUGAUUAAUGUUUUGUAUGAAUCUUCUCUUUAUGCAAACAUAGUAUUUCAGAAAAUAAAAUAUGUAAAACAUGAA